AUGGCGUUUUCACCAAAGAAGGUUGAGUGAUUGAUUUCUUAUUCUAUAGAGUGACUUUGUGUGUCAUCGUGGAUAGGAUUUCUCCGUGAAAGGUAUUAACGACAAUAAUAAUUAACGCUCUACGCGUCACUCCGUAAGGCGCCAUCAUGGCCCUGAAACGCGUGGAAUUAUUUGAGAACGAUGUGGGUGUCAGUGACAUGGUCUUGCUCGACCCUUUGACAGAACUCGCUGUCAUCGAUAACCUGAAGAAGAGGUUUUAUACUGACCAUAUCUAUACAUACAUUGGUAGUGUAGUCGUGUCCGUGAAUCCAUAUAAGAAGUUAACCCUCUACUCGCCAGAGAUCAUCAAUGAAUAUAGGGGGCGCAAUCUGUAUGAACUACCACCACACAUAUAUGCAAUCGCUGACGAUGCAUACCGUUCUAUGCGAGACCGGAACUUGGACCAGUGCGUCAUCAUCAGCGGGGAGAGCGGCUCAGGCAAAACAGAGGCGAGCAAGUAUCUUAUGCAAUAUGUGGCAGCUGUGUCUGGUAAAGGCCAGGAUAUUGACAGGGUCAAGGAACAGCUCCUACAGUCCAACCCUGUGCUCGAGGCAUUCGGAAAUGCUAAGACGAAUAGAAAUGACAACUCAUCUAGAUUUGGUAAAUACAUGGACAUAGAGUUCGACUUCAAGGGAGACCCUGUGGGAGGUGUGAUCUCUAAUUAUCUGUUGGAGAAGUCACGUGUCACAACCCAGAGCAAAGGAGAGAGGAGCUUUCACAUCUUCUAUCAGUUGCUGCGGUCGAGUGAUGCUGGACUUCUUAAAUCAUUGAAGCUGUCCACAGAGGAGUCAAAGUAUCGUUAUUUGCGGACCGACAGCGACCCUGAUGGUGCUAAUGAUGCAAAGGACUACCAGACAACGCGGAAUGCGAUGGAGAUCAUCGGCUUUACGAAUGAAGAGAUCACAUCCGUGUUUCAAGUCGUGGCAAGUAUUUUGAAACUCGGGAACGUUGACUUUGAUCACAAGACGAACACAAAUGGCACAGACAGCUGUGUUGUAAAGAACGACAAAGAGAUCCAAGAAGUGAGCGAGAUGUUACAAUGUGAAGUCACGGUCCUCAAGAAAGCUCUCACCAAGAAGACAGUCGAGACAAUCGAGGAUAAAUACGACAUUGACCUACGUGUGACGGAGGCGGUGUAUGCUCGGGACGCCCUGUGUAAGGCCAUGUACGGGAGGUUGUUCACAUGGGUCGUCAAUCGUAUUAAUGACAGUAUACGAGUUGUGUCUAAAGAGCAGAGGAAGUGCAUGGGUGUGUUGGAUAUCUAUGGCUUUGAGAUAUUCGAGACGAAUGCCUUUGAACAGUUCAUCAUCAACUACUGCAACGAGAAGCUUCAGCAGAUUUUCAUCGAGCUCACACUGAAGGAAGAGCAAGAGGAGUACGUACGUGAAGAUAUUCAGUGGGUCAACGUCGAAUACUUUAACAACUCUGUGAUAUGUGAUCUUGUCGAGAAGCCACCUCUUGGUAUCCUGACGAUCCUUGACGAAGAGUGUUUGCGGCCUGGUAACGUCACCGAUCUAACAUUCCUUGAAAAACUCAACCACCACCAUGAAUUCCACAAACACUAUGAGAGUCGGCAAUGUCGGAAGGCACAGAAUGACAAGACGUUGCCGCAUGAUUCAUUUAGGAUACACCACUAUGCAGGAUUGGUGACUUACAACGUAGAAGGCUUCAUCGACAAGAACAACGACUUGUUAUUCCGCGAUCUCUCACAGGCCAUGUUCAAGUGCCGUCUGCCAUUACUCAAAAAGCUGUUCCCUGAAGGGCCCGAGUCCUUUGUCAUUUAUAACUUGGGCCAAGGGAAGGGGUCACUGAAGCGACCCCCCACAACUGGCACCCAGCUGAGACAGUCCAUAGCCGCACUCAUGAAGAACCUCUACUCGAAGAACCCCAACUACAUCCGAUGUAUCAAGCCAAAUGACCACAAGAGGGCGGGAUUCUUUGAGGAGAGUCUCGUGCGGCAUCAGGUCAGAUAUCUCGGGUUGGUAGAGAAUAUUCGAGUACGUCGGGCAGGAUAUGUGUACAGACAGGAAUAUGAGUUGUUCAUAUUCAGAUAUAAGAUGUUAUGUGAUGAAACUUGGCCACACUGGCACAAUGACCCCAAGGAAGGAUUACAGUUGAUAUUUGACUCCCAAGAGAUCAGUAAGGACGAGUAUACGUUCGGACGGACGAAGGCCUUCAUUAGAAAUCCACAAACAAUAUUCAUCCUGGAGGAACGACGGAGGGAGAAGAUGAACGACUUGGCGACUGUGAUACAGAAAAUCUGGCGAGGAUACGCGUUGUGGAAGAAGUACAACAAGAUGAAGGAUGCUCAGGUUGUCAUAUCCGCGAACUACAGAGGAUAUAAGGCACGGACAGAGUUCCAGGAGAAGAAAAAUGCAGCAAUAGUCAUAGCAUCAUAUGCAAGAGGCUGGCAGGCACGGCAGUUACUAAGGCAACUAAAGCUGGAGAAGAAGCAGAAGUGGGCAGUCGGCGUCAUCGUGAAGUGUUUCCAUGGUUGGCAGGUACGCAAGAUCUUCUGUCGACAUUUCCGAAAACAUGCCGGACCCGUCGUGGUGAGAUGUUUCAAGAAUGCACUGAUCCAAAAGUAUUUAUACAAAUUAGCUGAGAACCUGCCGUCCAUGUCCCCCCUUGACAACGUCUGGAUGAAAUGUCCUGCUCGCUUUAGCGAACCAUCAGAACAGUUACGAGAGUUACACCACAGGUGGCGCUGUGGGAAAUACCGGGCCAAGUUCGACAAGAACGAACAGUAUUCGAUGAGAGAGAAAGUGACAGCUAGUGACCUGUUUAAGGACAAGAAACUCAACUAUGCCAAAAGUGUCCCUCAUGAGUUCGUUGGGGACUACGUCCAGAUCCGCCAGAAUGCCAAAUGGAAACGUAUCAGUAUUGAAAAUGAUGACCAAUACGUGGUCUUCGCUGACAUCGUUCAGAAAAUAAACAGGAAAAAUGGAAAGUUUGCACCAAUCCUUGUCGUCAUAACGACCAAAUCCUUACUCUUGAUGGAUCAGCGGACAGUCGGCUUGAAAUACAAGGUCCCCGUCAAUGAGAUUGAUAAGCUCUCUCUCAGUCCGCUCAACGAUAAGCUACUCGUCAUACACUUUAGAAAGAACGGGACAGGAAAUCGCCUGACAGCAAAGGGAGAUUUUUUCCUGAGUUGUGAUCAUAUUUUUGAGAUAGCUGCCAAGAUCUACCUUGUCGUUCAGGAGCACUGCAGUAAGCCACCCGAUGUACAGAUUGCUACCAGAUUUCAUGCACAGUUCAAGGGCAACCUCUGCGAAGUUGGCUUCAAGCCCGGAACAGAUAAUAUCGGCCUUGCCCCUGGACAAUGUAAGAUCAUUCGUAAGAGUAACCGAUUUGACAUCCUUGAACCCUAAGGUCAAAGGUCACGGUCAUGACACAUUGUGCCUAGAAAAUGGAGGAUUUUAUUUGGUGCAAGAUUUCAUCAUUCCAGGAUUGAUGUUCGGGAAUAUUUGCCGACUCGUGGAGUGAGAGAUGCAGUCGACAUUUCCCCUUCUUUGUUAUGGAAAAAGUUUGUGAUGUUUGUUGUUGGUAAUUCUGAAAAUUUGAAAGAUUUGUUUGAAAAUAUGAGAAUUGUUAAACAUUUAGUGUAAUUCUAGUGACAAUUCAGGGAAGAUUUUUCGCAUUGAACAUAUUUGAGUUAGAUAUUCAAACUUGUUGAUGCGGGAAUAUUUGUGAAAUAUUACCAAAUUCUGUUGUGCCUCUACUGCUCGCUGUUGUUAUACACACGCACAACCCACUCGCCGCCCUGGAGGAACUGGGAGGAACUAAAAUUGAAAAUCAAAACAUUGAAAUAUUUUCUGUCUAAUCAGAUCGUAUUUCUGAAACUCUUUUGGUCAGUUCUUAAAGCAAUCGGGCCAUCAGCUGGUACUGUGUGACUUCUUUGCAAACACAACAGAGUCAUGAAAUCUUAUUGGUCUAAUAAGGUCACAUGAUGAUUUGAUUUCGUUGAGAGAGCGAUGGGCUGAUUGCUUCGUUGCCUAUCAGUUCUGAACGGGUAAAGGUGAUGGGCCACUUACAUGUCACAGACUCCCUAGCCUGGUCGUUGGCCUACACACCAACAAGUUAGUACAACUUGAACAGUCUGAAAUUACAUAAGAUGCCACAUAUUUGUUGAUGAAAUUGAAUUUUGAAUUCUGUUGUGUUUCUGAAGCAAAAGCCAAAUUUUCAGGUGAAUUGGUGUACAAGUUGGUGAAUUUUAUAUCUAUUGCCUGUGAUUGUUAUUCACAUUUUGUUCUCAAUUUCAUGUUAAAAUUGAUAAGAUGCAGCGCAAAUUGUUAUAUUUUGCACAAAAACACAAUGUAUAAUAAGCCUUGUUUGCAACUUUCCUAAAUCUUGGGAAGAAAAAAUGAUUUAUUUGUAUUCUGAUUGGAGACCCUGAAAUCGCUGAGUCUAAAGAUGUUGUGCUUGACGUUCUCUUAUGAAGCUGUACAUAAAAUGAAAUUUCCGAAUAAGGUAAAAAAAACUGUAAGUGUAAAAAUUCUGUUGGUGUAUUUAUUCUAUUGUAGUUUGUACAUGUAUGUAAAUUUAGGCGAUGUUCAGGUUUCGCAUCUGCACAAGUGAAGAAUUUAAGCCUCAGAAAAGCUAUGCACGAAAAUCAUUGAAUCGUUAAAUUUAUUCUGUAUAUAUGCUUUAGCAUACACGCAAUUGACAUGACCACAAAUCGAGGAUAUUCUCUACUGCCCUCUAUUAUUCUGAUCGACAGCUAAGAUUACAUCUGGGUCAAACUUUGACAUGACAGACACACUGAUUUUUAGAACAAUAUGGCUAUUACAAUUUUGUUGAUGAACAAGUUCUUGCAUGAAAUGUGCUCCCUGUCUUUUGCAAUAAAUCUACAUCACGUUAAAGUCAUCAUGACAGUGGUUAUGACUGAUCUUCUCCUGUCUGUUUCGUUUUCAGGACCUGUGCUAGUUCACAUUUUCUGUCCUUGCUGUAUCUGGUAGGAAACAUUUCAUUUCACCUACUGGUGCUGUUUCAACUUUCAAAUGUUGGCAAUUUCUUUUUGGAGAAGUAGGUCACCAUGACCUUAUUUAUACAUGACACUAGUCAGGCCAUACCAAGUCAAUUGCUUAGAUUUAAAUGGUUUGGCCUUAUCAGCAAGACCAGUGUAUUGGAGGUACACAUACUGUCAGUGUAACAGAUUUUUCUGCCAGUUUACAUUGACUCUGUAAAUUUUGAUUUCCGGCCAGUUAUUUCGCUGCUGGUUUUUCUUAUACCUCCAUGGAUUGGCCAUAUGGCUCAAUGUACAUCCUUUAAUACUGGUAUUCCAACUGCUUUAGCCACACCAAUUUAAUAGCAUGGAUAGCGGGCAGGAGGCAAUUUUUUCUUUGUUCGAGAAAGGGGAAAAGAAAAUCAUGUUGUGGUGUGAAAUUUUUUUUCCACUGCGGAGAGAGGUGCGUCAGCUUCCCUGCUACCCAAAAUUUUAAGUUGGUGUGGCCUCAGUCAGGCAUAUGCAGUCCAGUUGCUGGCUGUAUGUAUAUAUGAAUUGCUGAAUAAUUUAUCUUGUCAGGCAUUUCUACUUACAAACAGUAUUACAGCGUUUUAUUUCUUGAAUGUGGAUCCUAGUAAAACCAGUUCUUGCACAAAUGGUACGAGCAUUAGGAGUUCUUUAUAGUGAAACAUGAGGAGGAUAUGGAGUUCUACAAUUUUACAGUCAAUAUGCUCCCUCUAUUUUGUUUUGUGUAAAAUCAUGUGAAACAUAUCGCUGUACGUGUAUUGGUAAAAUCAUUUUAAGGUAAAAAACACUAACAUCUAGUAGAGUAAAGUCUAGUCCUGUAGUGAAUAUUAAAACUGAAUGCUGCCAAAUUUUCACUCCUUUUCAUCUUUGCGAAAAUUUCUUGAAAAAAAAAGUUCUACGAUUUAGAUUUCGGCAGAUUACAAAAUUUCCCUUUCUGUUAUCUGUUUUGAUCUUUUCACGGUCUUCAUUUUCGCGCUUCUGGAUCUUUUGCAAGAUCUGAGAAAAUGAAAUACUUGCCAAAGAUUGACUGUUUACAGUUAACAUUUCCUCAAAACAGAAGACAAAUGCGCUAUACCAAUGCCUUUAAAAAUGUUGUGAUGAUGGCUGUUUUGAUGUUAAUGUUCUUUGCUCCACAGAUAUGCCCUUGCAUAUCAAUGCUACUCAUUUACACAAUGUAUAUACAAAGUCACACAUGUAUAUCUAUGUUAAAUAAUGGGUGUCAGCAAGUCGUCUGGUUUUGUUUUCAAGAUAACUUGAAAGUAUUCACUUGCAUUUCACUGGAGAUAACAAGUAGUGGUGCUGUUCAGGUCAUUUUGAAAAUAUGAACUGGAGGACACUCCCAGUAUGGUACGUAUUGUAAAUUCACCCAGUGCUUUACACACCUGGAGGAGAUUUACCAUCUCAAUUCAGUCUUUUCACUGAAUAAUACUCACAAGAUUAUGGUCUGAAUGUAUAUUCUCAUUCUAAGAAAAAUAAGUGGUGAUAUUGUCAAAUUGUCUGGAAAUUCUUUCUUUACCAGAUAAACUUGGACCAUGUGCAGAUUGCAAGUUUGACCCUUUAGUGGCAUUUGUGUAGUCUUUGUGAAUUCAUGACUACUGUCAUCAUUUCUAUCAAAUUCCCUUAGUUUGAUACUGAAUUACCUUCCAAAGGCAUGGGAACCCAGCGUGAAAUUGGCUUAGGCGACAGUGGCGCUGUCUCGUGGCGGAAAAAAGAACUGAAAUCUUCGUCCAAACCUUCCAGUUCCACAUUCUACCGCUAGAAUGUAGCACUGUCAUGAAAUUGGCUUAGGCGAUAGGGGCGCUGUCUCGUGGCAAAACAAAGAACUGAAAUCUUCUUCCAAACCUUUCAGUUCCACUUUCUACCGCUAGAUUUCAG